CGCGCUCCAGCUUCAACUUCGAGGAUACAACAUUGACGCGUCUUGUUAUCAACACCGCAUAGCCAACCAUAGUAAAAUAAUUCUACUCUUCUUUGUCAAAUAUACGUGUCGACCCGCGUAUCCCGUCCACCUUUACCAUUAGCACUAUCGACUCGUCUAUAUUUUCAUCCUACUCACAGUAGUAGAACACCCGGUAAGGAAGACACGAGACAUCAUGGUCCCAACGAGGAUAUUCCUCGGUGCCGCUGUCUGUCUUACUGGAACAGUGGCCUGGAACACAGAUGUACACAAUCAGAUUGGUUUUAUGGCCGAGACAUUCUUAUCCCCCGAGACGACUUCGACCCUCGCCGAGAUCCUCGAACCGCAGUACAAUGGCUCCAUAGGCCGCGCAGCUGCAUGGGCAGACGGCUACGCGCAUACCGCUAAAGGGAGCUUCUCAUACCAAUGGCACUGGAUAGAUACACACGACUUUCCUCCGCAGCAUUGCAGCCUGGACUACAUGAGCGACUGCGCUGAAGGGGGUUGUGUAGUCAGCGCCAUUGCAAACCAGACUGGGAUACUGAAGGACUGCAUCGAAGAUGUGAGGUCAGGCGCGCUGAGUGGAGGCAGCAACUUGACGUGCUCAUAUGCGCUCAAGUGGGUGUCGCAUUUCCUCGGCGAUAUAGCACAGCCCCUUCACGCCUCUGGGCGUGCUGCAGGCGGAAACUUCUACAGGGUAAAGUUUGCCAACCAUUCGACUGAGCUGCACGCUGCUUGGGACGGAUAUAUCCCCUACUACGCCGCCAAGGUCAUAAAACCAUUUUCGAAUCACUCGAUCGAUCCUUUCUUCGAAGACUUAGCAUCUCGAAUCCGGAGAGAUGGUUUUUAUGAAGCCCCGUACAUGUGGAUUGCCUGCAGCGAUCCUUCAACACCUGUUGAGUGUGCAACAACAUGGGCUACAGAGAGCAAUAAGUGGACAUGCGACUAUGUGUACAGGCAUCUGCACGGAGAUGAGGACCUGGGAUAUAAUGGCUAUGCGGACGGUGCUGUGCCCAUCGUCGAGCUGCAGAUCAGCAAGGCUGCGUACAGGCUGGCAACUUGGCUGAACAAGUUGGUUGGUGUCGAGGGUCCAGCAUUGGACGGACAGGAAACGCUCGAGCUCUGAAAGAGCAUACAAUGCCUACCAGUCAAGUUUUGGAAU